UCAUUUCUUCAUAUAAGUCAUUACUACAGAAAAAAAACCAAAAACCUUUUUUCACAAUGGCAUCAAACUCAAUGUCUGCGUAUGGAUCUGGCUCAUGGACUGUUAAGCAGAACAAAGCCUUUGAGCGUGCUCUAGCCACCUAUGACCAAGACACUCCCGACCGUUGGUACAAUGUUGCUAGAGCCGUUGGUGGGACUACACCAGAUGAAGCUAAGAGACAAUAUGACAUUCUCGUGCGUGACAUCGAAAGCAUUGAGAAUGGGCACGUGCCAUUCCCUAACUACAAGACUACUGGAAGCAGCACCAAAGGCAAGCUGCGUGAUGAGGAAAAACGGAUGAGAAACAUGAAGCUACAGUGAAAGAAGAAGCAACAGAACGUACUAUCGUAUGAUCGAUGGUCAAAGAAAUAAAAAGAGAAUCACAAAUAUCAUUGUGUUUCAUUUGUAUUUUUAAAUUGUAUUUGCUAUUUUACCCAUGCUUAGAAUCUACUAGUAUUUCGUGGCAACGAAAAAUGUACUCGAACUAAGCUAAUUAAUGUUCUCUUAAUGAAAAAAUCCAAAUGUCUAAGUCAAUUA